AACAAAAUGGCAGCGUCGUUGUUUGUGAAAUAGCAGUAUCAAUUAUAUAUUAUCAACAAUUUUGCCAAACUGACGUCAUCAUCUGUAUUACAAGAUGGAGCAGAAAAAGAAAGUUGAGGAGUCGGUAAGGAAACGAGUUGCGGCAGAAGAGCGUGCAUUCAAUGUCAUUCUGAGACUGAUAGACGAGCCAGCUGUGACUGAGAAUUAUCUGGCUGAUGCAGGUCAGAUGAUCAGUCCAGACAACUACUCUGAUGUCACUGAAGAGAGAGCCAUUACAAAGCUCUGUGGUUAUCCUCUUUGUGGCACAAUUCUGGAAAGUAUUCCUAAGCAGAAGUAUCACAUUUCAACCCGAUCGAACAAAGUGUAUGAAAUUUCUGACAGAAAAAAUUUUUGUAGUAGUCGCUGCUACCAAGCUUCUAAGCACUUUGCACAGCAGAUUUCAAAAUCUCCUGUGUGGGCUCGUGAAAACAUCCCGAGGAUUCAGUUUACGUUUUUAGCACAGCAGAAAACAAUUGGUCUUAUUGGGGAAGAGGUAUUUCGGUCUCCGAAAGAAGUUCUAGCAAGAGAGAUAGAAAGACUGAAAGCACUUGAUGAACUUUCAGAGAGAACCAAUGAGGAUGGACUUGACAAAAAGGACAGGAAACACCACAAGGAGGAAGACACUGAAGGUGAAGGCCGGGAGGAGAAUUCGGACACAGAUAAAACCAACAAGUGUUUGACAGCAGCCAGCAUAGUCGGAAACAUGGCAUUACUGACGCUGCAGGCUAAACAAACACAGAGUGAUCUCUCACAGAUGUCAGAGCCAAAUGUUCCUUUAAAACAAGAUGGUGAAAUGUCACACCCUGUUGAUGGUGAAACAUCACACCCUGUUGAUGGUGAAACGCCACACCCUGUUGAUGGUGAAACGCCACACCCUGUUGAUGGUGAAACGCCACACCCUGUUGAUGGUGAAAUGUCACACCCUGUUGAUAGUGAAAUGUCACACCCUGUUGAUAGUGAAACGCCAAACCCUGUUGAUGAUGAAAUGUCACACCCUGUUGAAGUAGCAGAGACUAGUUAUAAGGAUGUUGGUAAAAAUGUAGAAUGUUCAAACACUCAGAUGGCUGAUAAAUCUGUAAGAAGGAAACUUUCUGGAUUGAAAGAAAAAAGUCACCAAAAUAAAGAUUCUGAUAAAGACAAAGGUUUUAAAAACUCAAAUAUCCAGACGAUUGAACUGAGGGCAACAGAAGAAAAUUUCAGUGUGAAAGAAAGUAGCCAACAAACUGAAGACUUCUUGGAUAAACCUCUGCCAGGAGAAUCUAAUUCAGACUUUGUGUUGAGGUUGUUGGACAAAAGAAAACAUCUGCUGAGUAAAAUGGCCGACAUUCAACAAAUGGUGCCUGUUAAUGAAAACAAACCCCAAACGAAAAAACCUGAUGUUUUGGAGAAUAUUUCGUCAAAUAAAUCUUCUUGGGGUAAUGUUCUUUCAAAUGCGGAUGCUGUGAGACAAUGCCAUGUCAAAUCAGCAGCAAAAAGUAAGGUCAAGAAGUCAAAACAAAAACAGUUAUCUCUCUUGAAUUACAUUGGCAAAAUGGUUGAACAGUGGAUGACGAGGGAGAGUUUGGAAUAUUUAGACAAGCACAGAGUUGCUAAGACAGAGUUGAAGUCGAGUGAUCCUGAAGUUCAGCAACAUUAUUUGAGGUUAAUGAAGAGAGCUGAGGCCACAGAGAAACUUAUGGAUUCUGAUGAUGAUGAUGACGAAGAGGUCCCCAGUCCGAUGAAGCCAGUUCCCGACUUCAAGAAGCUUAAAGAGGAGACCGAACAGUUUCAAAACAAAGUGGCAUCCUUUUUCAAAGGUUCACAAAUAACAAAGCAGGCAGAAGGAAAACAAGAAUCUUCAGAAAGUAAUAGAAUAGUUUACCUGCCAACUGUGGACUCCCAGGAUCAGUUACAGAUCCGGAGGAAAAUAGUACUAGACAGACUGAGCAAAGUGGUUCCUGAUUUGUUGACGCCAUUAAAACUAACUAUGCAAGACAUCACGAAGGAGUUGCGUGAAAUAGUCUACACUUUUAGAUUUGACAACAAAAACAUUCUGUUCAAGCCUGCAGAGUGGACUCUGGUGACCUUGAUAUUGUUUAGACUGUUAUCUGUAAAACUGAGACAUGUCGAAGAAGCUUUCAAACGGCCUUCUUUUGUGCACUUUUGUGGCGUCUUGUUGGAAGGAAUUGGACAUACUAAAGAGGAUAUUGAUUCGAUAGUAGAUCAGCUGGUUGACAAAGACUAUGACAGUUUGGAUACAUUGCACACACUGACAACCUGAAAUAAAUGAGUAAAAGAAGA